AUGAACGCCGACAAAGAAACCAACGCAGGGUCUAUCAAGGAUACGAGCAUGUGCGACGAGGCCUCCUCCGCUCCUGCAUCUUGGAAUAGUCUACCAGAGGAGCUGAAACUGGCGACCCUUGGCCACCGACUCCACAUUAAUGGCCCUCUCACGGCCAUAACUCAUCCCAUCCGUGCAAAAAUGGCUAGUUAUGAGGCUUUACUCCUCACCAGUAAAGGGUUGAAUAGACUAGCCAAGAUUUCGUGGGGAGAAAACCAAUUCCUUCUCUGUUGGCCGAGCGCUGGCCUACAAUACCCACGACCGCCCACGUCUCUCGCAGAACAGGUUCGGAACUUAACCAUCGAGAUCUUCGUGGAUGGCCGAUUAGGUUGGAAAAGGAUGAAUGAAGACGCCAAAUUCCCGUACUCAUGGGAUGUCCUCCUCGACACCGGAAAGAGCUCCAGACUGCGUCAACCAACACUGAAGAAGCUUAGAGGGAGCGAGAAUCCGGCCGUCGCCUGGCAGUCAGAGUUUCCUGCCCUGAAGGAGCUCACAGUCGAGAUUAUACUCGCUGGGAAUCUAGAUGACUACCACAACCACAGGAACAAGAUCGGUAGGAUUCACUGGUGCAUGGACAAAGAAAAAAUCGAAGAGCACUUCGAAGGCUGUCGUACAUAUCUCAGCACCUGCGAGCUUACAGUCAAGGUCCGUGGUCUCAGAUGCGGAGACUAUUCAACCGACGGAGAUGCCGGUCCCAAUACCAAAGCCUGUCCCAACGGGUGCGCUGAGAAGAUUGCGACAUGCUUUGCGGCUCUCGUCGAAAUCAAGGAUUAA